AUGUCGUUUGUCGAAGGCUGGCAGGCCGAGCACUAUAUGGCCGACGGCCCAUUCUGCGACUCGACCCCCCAUGGUGCCGAGAUUCUUGAGCCUGGUUCCGACGAUGAACAUUACGACGACCCCGAAGAAAGACGCCGCCGAAUCGAUGCCGCCGCUCAUAGAUAUCUUUCAGGCUACGCUCCAGUUCUGCUGACAGCAGUGCUCAAGGGACCUUUCGAAGGGCCAGGUGCAAACGGAUGGGUCAACCCAUGGUCGAAGUCGAAGAGAGGACCGGCGCCAGAAGCCACUGCUCCCGCUGCGGUGGAGGCUACCACGAAGACCACGAUAAACGUCGAGCCAGCCGAAACAGAUGUAUCUGACGCCGAAAGCAGGACAUCUUGCCCUUUACCAAGCCCACAAAGUCUGGACCAGGCCGGGGCAACUCCCAACGCGCUGCCCGUGGGAGAGCAGAACCUAGAAAGAGUACAAGCAUGGAGGAAUGGGGCGGGAUUGGUAGCCCAAGUUGACGAUGAACCCACCUGGUCUUUUGCAAGCGACAUUUCACUGUCUCAAUCUCAAUCUCAGAGAAAACGCCGCGUGACGGGAUCAGACUGGCUUAUGCGAAAGGAGGUCAAGCGUCUAAAAUCUGCAUGGGAGGACGACAUUGAGGUCUCAUCAGCUGUCAACCAGUCUCACAACCAACGGCUUACUCGCGGUCAAUUAUCCUCGCAACGGGAGAUGAAGCAGGAGAAUACGAUCGAGGAAAGCUUUCAAAGCACCCCAAUCACUCAAAGACAAACACGCUCUUCGCAAAGAAGCUCGCAACGUAUUUCCAACUCCACGCCACGAAAGAAGUCGCCAGAAACCCCUACCAAACCUGCCCAAGUGCCGGAAGAGCAAAGUUCCGCGCCUCUUAGUACGCCUGUACAAACGCCUCCAUCUGCCGUCAAGACGAGGGUCACGCCGAGGACAAUCGCAACAGAACAGAAGAAUGACGCGAGGGCAGCUGAUAUCAGCACAGGCAAAUCUCGCAAAAAUGCAAAAGCCAGGGUCGAGUUCGAAACACAAGAAGACGAGAGUUUUCUUUUCCGCGCAAGACCCAGAAGUCGCGGCUCCAAGGCGGCUGCGGUUGAUGUGACUGACAACGACCAAAUGGAGACGUCUUCGUCGUCUGGUUUGGUUUCGAGUGAUGAGUCGGAAUCAGACCGAGAUGAAGAGGCUAUGGACCUUGAUGGUGAUACUUUUAUGGCCGACGAAACAAAAGUUACCUCGCCGGAGUCGAGUGCGGAGCCCGAGAACCAGAAGGACACAGUCCAAGCCAUCACCAAGCCGGAAAAGGGAAUCACAUUGCAAAAUGCUGCGGAUAUGCCUGCGGUUCCCAACGGCGACUCUGAAACUCCUGGGCACGACAAGGUCCCGAACGAAGCAGAUGUCGCAAGUAAUCAACACCAUCAGGACGAAACGACUGAGGAGGAAUCGGUAUCGGCUAGUCAGGAACGGACGAUUGUCGUACAACCUGCGUCUCCAGAGAAGAAGUCUCAAAGGCCCUCGGAGAACCACCGGUCUUCUCCCCAUGUCGAGUCUGCUCCACCUGCCAAGUCUUCUACUCCUGUUGCUCCUCAUGGCAAUCAAUACAAAGCCAACCAGUCGAGAAAGGUGUCGAUGAGCCAACAGCAACGCCUGCUUAAUAGCCUCGCGCAGAUAGCGUCCCCGCAGAGCCCAUGGUCGAAGGAUUUGCUUUUCACCAGCAACUCUUACCCUGCUAGUCAGACCUCAUGGGUUAGAAACCGAGAUCGGGCGCCAGAGACGCCCGUGACUCAACAGAGAUACCAGUUGGAGACGCCUGACAUUCCGGACUACAGCUUUCGAGCAACGCCGGUGUCUUCGCAAACGCCUGGGCCGGCGAGCCGAUACACGAAUGAGACGGUACAAGCAUGCGGUUCAAAUCAUCGCGGCACGCCACUCGGGACCCAACGCGGGGAGGUCGUCAGUCAACAGGAAAGUCCGGCAGUCCCAGCCUCGCAGCAAAGUCCUUGGAAGGCUGAUUUGCCAUCGAUACCCCCGCUACGUCCGUCAGGAGAUAUCCAGGAGGCUAGUCAGAACACUUUGGUAGACCCCGGUUACCAGAGCCCAUGGACUGCAACCCCUGAGAAUCUCCGUCUAGCUGCAAAAGCAGCGUUGGUGUCCAAACAAUUCAAAGAACCCAAACCAAUGUCACCAACCCCAGUUGCGUCGUCUACCGAGCCGAGCAUUCCCAAGACCGAUCCGCCGGCUAUUAAAGAGGCGCCACCUCCCGUUGACGCAACGCCCAGGCCCUUGACCCCAGAGCCGGUUCUCGAGAUCAAAAAGUUCGCAAACUUCAUGUCGCCCUCCCCUGAGAGACCCAAGCGGAAGUCGGCCCAUGUUCGGUUCAGCGGCGGUCACCUCCCCAGCACGCAAAAUCUGCUCGCAGCCACCACUGACAACCCCUGGGACGCACCCCAGAGACCGGUCAAACGCGUAACAUGGGCCCCGGAGGUCAAGGGCGGCGAGGACCUUGACGGCGACGAACCCGCGACGCCCGUGGUGACCAGGGCAGCCUCUCCGCCGCCAGACCUGGCAGUAGCCGACCUCCCGACUGAUGACAAGGAUAAGUUCCACGAUCACUUCCAGGCCGUCUCGCGCAGGACAAAGAUCACUCAUAGGCUUCUCCCGUCCGCAUCUCAACAAUUUCUUGAGAGCCCGGAGCCGAUGGCAAUGGCGGAAGCCUUUGUCAACGCGGACUCCUUCGGACCGAGGACACCCAAAGCACCUGAGGCACUCAUGGUCGCCAACGAUACUCCCCUGUCAGCAGAGCAAGAAUCGCAGCAGACGGUUGACGACGUGGACGAAGUGUUGCUCAAUCUUAACGAGUUCAUCAACAUGGUCGACGUCGAGGCUGAUCUCGCACGUGCCAAAGAAGACGAGAGGAAAGAACGAGAGGAGAAGGAGAAGCAAAAACAGCAAAAGACGAACUGGAGCAGUGGGCUGUUUGGAAGGCUGUCGUUCAGCGGUCUCAUGGAUGCCGGGGUGUGGGACUCAUGA